CAUCUCCAAUUUGAAAGCCGCCUCUCUACCGGGAGAGGAAAGCUCUUUUUCGGUCAGAUGGCGUGCUGCAGUCCGCCCCCAGGUUUCUCGCACCCACACAACCAGCAAAAAGGCAGCCAGCAACCAAUACGGUUCGUCAGGGGAGGAUAUCUGCUAACGAAUCCAGACGAGUUACGAUAUGCUCAGGGAUUUAGCUGAUGACAACACCACUCCGAAGCGAGAAAGAACACGAUUGUACAGGGAAAGAGAGCGAUUAUACAAAUCAAUGUAAGGUAUUUACAAUAGGCUGUGUACAAUAGCUCUGUUGAUCACAGUUUCUUCUUUUUUUUGUCUCAGCCCUUUCAUUGAUAACAAUUUAACGGGAUUGGAUGGGACUUUCGACAAGGUUAAAAGUGAGAUAACCAUAAGGCUUUUGCUCAUUUACCUUUAACAUUCAAUAAUCGAGCCUAUUACGAGGCGGCACAUAUUGCGCGAAAACUGGAUUCUGUUGCUGGAGACACCACUCGGUCACUCAGUGAGCGCGGGUCCCCUCUGCCAAUCCAGCCGUCGGACGACGUGGACGAGUCCUGCGCCAUGUCUCUGCCACGCACGCUGGGCGAGCUGCAACUGUACCGGGUGCUACAGAGGGCCAACCUGCUGGCCUACUACGACACCUUCAUCCAGCAGGGUGGCGACGACGUGCAGCAGCUUUGUGAGGCUGCAGAGGAUGAGUUCUUGGAAAUCAUGGCGCUGGUCGGCAUGGCGACCAAGCCACUGCACGUGCGCCGUCUGCAGAAGGCCCUCCGCGACUGGGCGGCCAACCCAGCCCUCUUCAACCAGCCCCUGGCCAACGUACCCCUGGGGGGAAUCCCUCUGUUCAAGGUUGAUGGGAUGGGUGCUAGCGGGACUGCUGCCGGAGGACUCAGGAAGUCCCUGAGCAACGGGCAGCCGGGGUCACCGUGUGACAGAGAGGACAGGGCAUGCCUCACCCCUAUGCACAGUGGGAGCCCCAGAAGCCCCUGCUCCCAGGCCUCACCGCAGCCCCAGGACACACACUACAGGGACAAGCUGUCCCCAAUGGACCCCCACUGGCUCAGCCCUGAACAGGACGGGAACAGCGCCUCAGCCUCAGGGGUGGACGAGGAGCAGCCCAGCCCACCUCUGCUCCCCCCUCGUCCCCCAGGUCCCUCCACGCCCCCGGCCUCCUCCUCAUCUCUCUCCCCGGCAGCCCUCUCGGCCUGGCCCGGGGGCCAGCUGGAUGGGGAGACGGCGCAGGCAGUGGGGGAGAGCGUGGACAGGCUCCUGAGGACCCUACCCAGGUCAGACCCCAGAGAGGUGAAGACACUGCUGAGGAUGAACAAGAAGAUGGCCAAGACUGUGGGCCACAUCUUCAAGAUGGCACCCCAGGAUGUGGCCAAAGAGGAGGAGAUCCGUAAGUACAGCCUCAUCUACGGCCGCUUCGACUCCAAAAGGAGGGAGGGCAAGCAGCUCACACAUCACGAGCUGAUCAUCAAUGAAGCGGCUGCACAGUUCUGUAUGCGUGACAACGCUCUGCUUCUUAGACGGGUAGAGCUAUUCUCAUUGGCUAGACAGGUGGCGAGAGAAUGUGCCUACACCUCCACACUCAAGCAUGCCAGAUCAGGUGCAGAUGACUGCAGCUUACCAUCCCAAAAGAGAAUAAAAAAUGAGGUGAUAGUGUCAGAGUGUGUGUCCUCCCUCCAUGGUGUUGAGGGGUCAGAGGGCGUGUCCCAGAGGGCUGACGAGGACAGCCUAUCAGGAGAGAGUCUUGACAGCCUAACACAAGACGUAGGCUCACAGUGCAACCAAUCUCCAUCACCCCGCCCCCCCACCGACACCUCCAUACCUGCCAACUGGAAUCGCCAACUCAUGCAACAAACGCUCAUGGAUGAGGGGCUGCGAUUGGCUAGGAUGGUGUCACAUGACCGUGCUGGCAAGGUCAGCCUUAGGUCAGAGGGGACACACACCACAGACUUUGAGGCUAAGGCGGAGAGGAGGAGCUCAGUAGCAGUGUGCAGGAGCAGCAGCCCUGGCAGCACCAAAGAUGACUCGGACCAAGGGGGAAAGUAGUGAAACCAACCACUCAUCAUCCUGAGAACCCAUCAACAACCCUGCUUCUCAU